ACGGCACUCAGUUGAACCUGAACUCCUACAAACAUGAACACUAAGGUCCUCAUCCUCCUCGGUCUGGCAGCCAUCGUUGCUGCAGACAGCCGUGAAACUUAUGCCUACCGCGCCCCAAGGGCAUCCUCCGAGGAAUCCUUCGAGUCCACAGAAGCCAAGUACAACUUCAACUGGGCCGUCAGCGAUGACUCCUCAAGCAACGAGUUCGGACACCAGGAGGCCCGUGACGGCGACGACACUCAGGGAUCGUACUACGUGCAGCUUCCCGACGGCCGCCUGCAGAAGGUCACCUACUACGUCGAUGGCGAUGACGGUUACGUCGCCGAUGUCACCUACGAGGGCGAGGCUCACUUUGACUCCGUCGAGUCCGCUGAGUCCCGGGAAUACAGGCCACGAUAUGCCUACGACUCCAACGAGUCCAAGUAAAGACAUAUUCGCUCAACACUGAACACCUAAGUUUUCAACAGAUGUUUGUACAAAGUUCAUUUGUUGCCAGAGUUUAUAUAUAUCUAAAUGUAUAUAUUUAUGUAUUUAAUUUCUGAAACUAUAUGAAGAAAUUUUA